AUGCCCUGGCAGCAAGGUGGCCGUUUCGACCUCAACCGCAACGUGCGUCGCUUUCCCGUACGGGUCUGUGACGGCGACGCCGACGGCAACAACUACUGGAAGGCCUGCGUCCACAUCUGGGUCCCGGUCGCGUUCAACCUGUACGAGAUUCGCAAGCACAUGUGGAAACGCACGUUUGGGGACUGUACUGGGAACCGUAUGGGGUUUAAUCGUGGCAAGUGGUGUACCGGCGAAUGGCUCAACCUCACCUCGUACCAGCUUGUGUUUCGGUGCAAGUUCUGCAAGCGGGAGAUGGACACCAAUCCUUGGGACGGGAAGUAA